AUGACCACCCCGCCCCCCGGGAACACGACCACCCCGCCCCCUGGGAACACGACCACCCCGCCCCCCACCCGCACGAACACCCCUCACUCCAGCAACCCGACCACCCCGCCCCCAACCAGCAUGACCACCCCGCCCCCCGGGAACACGACCACCCCUCACUCCAGCAACCCGACCACCCCGUCUCCCGGCAACACGACCAUCUCGUCCCCCGGCAACGCGACCACCCCAUCCCCCGGGAACACGACCACCCCUCACUCCAGCAACCCGACCACCCCGUCUCCCGGCAACCCGACCACCCCGCCCCCAACCAGCAUGACCACCCCGCCCCCCGGGAACACGACCACCCCUCACUCCAGCAACCUGACCACCCCGUCCCCCGGCAACACGACCAUCUCGUCCCCUGGGAACACGACCACCCCAUCCCCCGGCAACACGACCACCCCGCCCCCCGGGAACACGACCACCCCGCCCCCCGGGAACACGACCACCCUGCCCCCCGGGAACACGACCACCCCAUCCCCCGGCAACACGACCACCCCAUCCCCCGGCAACACGACCAUCUCGUCCCGCGGGAACACGACCACCUCGUCCCCCGGCAACACAACCAACCUGCCCCCCAGCACCUCCAUAACAACCCCAGCCCCGAUCCAUUUAUUUCUUGCCUUCCGCAUUGUGAACUGGAACUUCAACAACUCCCUUCUCGACCCCAGCACCAGUUACUACAAGGAGUUAUAUUCCAAAAUCGAGAUCAUGUACGACAAGAUCUAUGGCUGCCAAACGUGCCGGAAUGGGCAGAACUACCUGGGAUUGACUGAUCUGCGUUUCAGCCAGGGCUCGGUGGUGACAGAGUCCGUCCUGUUGUACCGAGUGAGCGACACCAGCAUCAGCGCCGACGACAUUGAGCAGCAGCUGAGACAAAGGCUGGGCAGCAAUAACAGCUUUGAUGGGCUCCAGCUGGACAGUAUCCGCGCCAACUCUGGCAGCUCUCCCCUGGCCACCUCGGCGCCAGCACCCCUGGUGCCUGGCUGGGGCAUCGCCCUGCUGGUCCUGGUCUGCAUUGGGCUGGUGCUGAGCAUUCUCCUCUUCAUCCUGCUGAUCGUCUGCUCGUGCUGCAGGAGGAACCGCGGGAAGCUGGAUAUGUUCAGCUCGCAGGCCUCGUACCAGCCCAUGAGCGAGUACCCCACCUACCACACUCACGGGCGCUUCAGCGCCCCCGGCAAGAAGCAGAACCCCUACAGUGACAUGGCCGCUGGCAACGGCACCAACGCCUUCUACGCCAACCCUGCCACGUCACAGAAUCUCUAGGGGGCCACCCCGAGGACCGGCGGGAGCAGAGCUCCCAGCAUGGCCCCGUGCUUCCUGCAGCUGGACUCCAGGGUGCCGGGCAGGGC